AUGCACCCAACAUCGCGGCCUGGACGGCCGCUCUCUUGGACCACACGUCGGGAACUGGCAGAGCGUCUCCGGCACACAGCCAAGGGGCCGUUGCAGCCUCUGCAGCCCUUGCAAUCCCUGCAGAAUCUGCAGACGUUGCAUGAUCUGCACACACAGUCACUGAACGAGCUGCGCACUUUCCAGCGGUUACAUUUUGACUGGCCACAUGUGGACCGCCCCGAUUUCAUAUUUUAUACGCCAAAACAGAUCCAACAUCUCAUAAGAUUGGAGAGUGCUCUGGGUCGAGCGCCAGCUAUGGCCACGCUGCCACCAGCGUGGCAUCGUCAACCGCCCGUCACUACGCAAUCACCUUAUCAGGAGUCUGGUGGGGGCCAGUUGGGGAGCAACGAGUGGAACGCGUGGGGCGCGUGGGGUAACCUGGCCAGCGGGUGGGCGGCGGGUGCCGUGCUGCUGCUGGCCGCGCUGCUGUUGGUGCGGUACAUCGACCGCUGCCUCGCCAGGAAGCUCCUCAACUUGAGAAGAAGACAGUCAGAGGAAUGGCCGACAGCCACUGUUCUCGCGACCAGUCAUCAAUUCCCGAUUAUUGAUGGAGACAGUGAAUCGUUUCCAAGGCUGAGCGAUUUCGACGCAUCACCAUCUGAGACGAGUGGGGACUUGCGCAAUUGUGACCUACCGCCGCCUUAUUCGGAAUGCACUGAACCUGCCACGGGAAAUAAACAAACCAUAACGGAAGAACCGCCUCCUCCAUACUCUGCUUGCUACGUAGCCUUCUCCAACCCAAAAGAUGGAGUCCCUUCCGUCCAUAUCUACAACGAACAAGGACAGAGUCUCCCGAGCGACUCACACAACAGCAGCAGUCUAAAUGAACAUGCAGGAGUUUCAGAAAGAAGUAUUGAACUAGUCGAUAAUAAACCAAAUAAUGGUUGUGAAAGAAAUUCAACAGAUAAUACUGAAACAAAUGAAAGUGACACUAACGUUUUAAAUCAUGCUAUUGCUUCAACUAGCAACGCAAAUGAUAGAGUUGAAAGUGGUAGUUAUAUUAUUGAUAUUGAUAUUAUUAACGCAUUGCCAGGAGAGGUUUGUUAG